UUCUAGGUUUGUCACAUGUCCUCUGUUCACAUAUUCCAAAUUCAAACCUGUUAUAUAUCUGUCAAUUGGCAGUCUCAUCACAACAAAAUCGUCGGUUAGUAUUUUGACGAUCGGUUCACCAGUUUUCAAAAAAUCGUGUUACAUAUCUAAUCGGUUUUUCAGUAGUACUUUUGAAUCUUAUCCUUAUUGUAAACCUAACUAUAUCAGUGUUGUCAAUCAUGAAUAUGACCAAAAGAUAUAAAACCAUUUUUACGUGAAUAAGUUCAACUUAGUCUACUUUUCUGAGGUAAUAACUUCAACAUGUGCUUAAAAUAAUACAUUAAAAAAUAUUUGCUGUCAAAAAGUCUGGUUUAGGAAGUGGUUACUUUAUAACCUAAAAAAUUAAAUGGCAACUCUGCUUGGAAUUUAAAGUCUGAAUUUAGGAAGAAUGUAUAAUAUUUUCAAAUGUUUAAUCAUAGUAAUACUCAUCAACUACUCAAUCUGUUCAGCCGGUGAUCAUUCACCAUAUUAUCAAAGAUGUUUAGAAAAAUGCAGCCUUCUCAACUGCACAGAUGAUGGUGUGGGGUUCAAAAAUUAUGAUCAGCCCACAGUUUUGUAUUUGACUCAGUGGUCAUGCGGAGAUGAAUGUAGAUAUAAUUGUAUGUGGAAAACUGUUGACGCUUUUCAUGAGCGAAAGUGGAGAACUCCACAGUUCCAUGGAAAAUGGCCAUUUGUACGAAUUCUGGGGAUGCAAGAGCCUGCUUCGGUAGUCUUCUCCAUAUUGAAUGGUUAUGUCCACCUUAAGAUGGUUCGCAAAUUUCGAGCUGAAGUGAGACCGGAUAGUCCACUGACAUGGUUAUGGCACACUUUUUUCGUUGUAAGAAUUCAUAUUUUGUCCCAGAAUCUAUAUGGUGCACCUCAUGGAAGAACCUUCACUGCCAUAUGUUGGUUUGGUUGGUGCACUUAUAACCGAAUUAGACAGCGGUAUGUAUGGAAAUGUGCUAUUUAUGUGGCUUUAACGGGUAUUGUUAUGAUGCUGGAAAUCAUCGACCGUCCUCCUUUUUUUUACAUCUUCGACUACCAUUCUUUAUGGCAUUUAUCUACGGCACCAUUGAUUAUCCUCAUAUACAGUUUUGCUAUCGAUGACUGCCGAUAUCUGAGGAAAAAAGAAAUUGAAUCACCAGAAAAUGGUAAGAGCAAGGUUCCUUGAGAUAUGCACAGGUGGGUCAAAACAAAGAAAAUCAAAUGUAAAGGCAGCUUGGCCCGCCUUGCCAUCAACAAACGAGGAAUUUCAUUUUAUAGGUGAAAUAAAAAACCAAAUAUACAUAAGUUCAAGUUUUUGAUAAGACGUGAAUUAACUGUAACGAACAUUUGGGUUAUACCAAUAGACAUCUUUUAGAAAACUGAAACUUCUGUAAUCAUUCAGUCAUAUCAAUAUUGACAAUACAAGUGGCCAUUUUUUGUUAGUUUCAUAAUUUUGUGCCAUUUAUUUGUGAAUAAAAAUUAUUGAUCUAU